UCCAUCCGGUUGGUACAGCUUAACAGUCGUCCGGUAAAAAACAGCCUUAUAAACAGUUCCAGUGUACACACGCGUAAAUUACUAUUUGACCAUUUUUUACACUAAUUAUAAACAUUUCAGUGUUUAAUUAUAUGCUAAAACUUUACCGGAACAUACCAAAACCAUUUUGAUGAUAUAGAGUUAGCUGUCUACGCUCCAUAUAUUUUAGUAGUCAGGAAAACAUGGCGGCGACGUCCUUGAGCAGCACAGGCGGCGUGAGGCUGCUGAGUGCUUUAUUCAGGUCCGGCUCGUUAUGCAGCUCCUCUGGAAGCAGAGCGCUCCACGUCACUGCAGUGUGCUGCAAGAACCGGGCGGCUCGGAUCCGUGUGGGGAGAGGAGACCGACCUGUGAACUACGAUGAAGCACUUGCACCUCAUUUCAUCGCCCACCGCAAAGGCUGGCUGUCGCAGCACACUAGCAACCUGAAAGAUGAGGGGGAGGCGGCCGAGCGCGCCGUGGAGGACGUCUUCAUACGGCGCUUCAUGUUCGGGACGUUCCACGGUUGCCUGGCCAACGAGGUGGUCAUCAAACGGCGAGGGAACCUGCUGGUGGUGGCCGCUGUGAUGUUGCAGAGAAUCCUGCCGCAGAAGUAUUACUUCCUGAUCGGAUACACGGAGACCAUGCUGUCAUACUUCUACAAGUGUCCCGUGAAGCUGGAGAUCCAGACGGUGCCCAACAAAGUGGUGUACAAAUACCGCUGAGAGACUCUGCAGUACACACAAUACUUUGUGUUUCAAAUGUGCUUUUGUUAAAUAAACUGUCAGAAUUUAAGAAAAUACAAUCACAUGUCUGUUAUUGGAAAAUGAUGCUGAACAUUAAUAAAAUAUUCUGAAUAAA